CUGUUUAGUUCUGCAUCAUCGUUUCUUCAUCGGUCGUUUUCCCAGUCAAAAAAUAAGCACGAUGUGAAUAGCCGUUCUGACAUCGGUGAGAGUCGGCAGGAAGAAGUGAAAGACGAUAAAUGUAUCAAAAGCGCCGACGAGGUUCCUCCCUCGAAACCUUACCCGAAAACCGAGCAAGUUAUACCAAGUUCGGUGGACGCUAUUUUUAAAGUGCCUCUAGUUCACAAAACGGCCGGAGUAGCGGUUACUGAACAUGGCUUUGCGGCGAAUAACCAUUUUCCGUCGGUCAGCAGAAUCUUAGAGAAGACGAAGUCACCGAACUUGACAGUGAUGCUUGAUAAGUGGAAGUCGAAAAUGACCGCUAAACACGGGUCAGUUAAAUUCGAAAAGAUGCAAAAGGAACGACUGAACAUUGGAGAAGAGUUGCACGAGGCGUUCACUCUGCAAUACUUAAAGCAGAAGACCCCCUGUGAAAAGAUCAAACUGCCCACUGCUGUGAAACCGUUUUUCACUAGUCUUCAACCGGUGCUGAGUGAAUUUCAUGAUCUGGUAGCGAGGGAAACAUGGAUUCAUCAUUCGACGUUGUGCUACAAGGGACAGCUGGAUGCCAUUGUGAUGUACAGAGAUCGACCAACACUGCUUGAAUUGAAAACAAGUGACAAGCUGAAGUCUACUCUUCAAUCGACCUAUGACACACCCCUGCAGUGCGUUGCGUAUGUAGGGGCGUGGAACGCUGCUUCACCUGAUAAGCAGGUAUCUCCAAAAUAUUGCUUAUGCAUGCUCCAUUUAUGUCUUAUUUAUCCGUUUAGCCAUUAAAA